CUCGGUGUGAGUCUCCGCCUCCAGGGCUGCUUGGCUCAGUUCAAAUCCAGUAGGAAGUCUUGUUUUGCACAGAGUCUUCAGCUGGGCGGGAACGCGGGGAGACGCACUGACAGCCAUGGCUUUUGUAUUCACUGCCAUUAGGGUCCUCCUCGGGCUCUUCUUUGGCCUCAGCGGGGUGGUGAAAGUGACGGACCAGAUAUCGGCCGAUGUGUACAAUCAGAUGAAAACCCAGUUUAUACAGUUUGCUGACGUUUUCCCCCUAAAAGACUUUGGGUACAAGCCAGACCCAGACCAGUAUCUGUUGGUCGUGGGCUGGGUGGAGUUGGUGGCUGGAAUCCUGUUAGCUUUUGGACCACAGAUCCUGCAGGAGAUCAGCAACUUUGUGUUGUGCAUCAUUAUGAUUGGUGCCAUUUAUACCCUCCUAGUACUGAAGGAACCUCUUGCUAUGUGUGCCCCUGCAACUGUCUGCCUUGGGCUCCUCCUCUUACUGACUGUGAGAGGGCAUGGCAGCAGACCAAAAUCCAAGUCUGAGUGAAACAUCUCUCUGACCAGCGAGGGACCAAUUCUCAUGCACACAAAGUUUACAGUCUUGUGUUAAUGUGUGGGAAGUUUUUAAGUGGAUUUGUUGCUAGGUGACAAAAGCUUGCCUGCAAAAGGAUAUCCAUGAUUGCCUUAUCUCUGCAACGUGUGAAUCCCUGCAGACUUUCUAUUGAUUGUACAUAUGCACCACGGCUGAAGUCUCACCAUCUGUUUCAGGUUUCUCUAACAGAUAUGAGGCUAGGAGUGCUCUCUGCAGUCAUUUUUAUAAUAGGGAGAAAAUAGAACCGUUUAUCUUGUGCUUUCUUUCCCUGUGUUCCUUGCUUGGAGCUCUAGAAACCACUGUGGUUUUCUAACAAUAAAAGAGUACUCCAGAAGUGACCCUUCAUUUCCUUCUUUAUUUGUAUAAAGGAUUACCAAUUUUACAGCCUUAUUACCCCUACCUGUUUUAUCUAGAUAUAGACAAAUUAACUUAGUAAAGAUGAUGAUUGCUCAUACAGUAAUGGGAAGCGGGAAAAAACAUAUAUAUUGUGUUUAUGUGCAUUUUUAAAAACACAAUUAAGCCAGUUAUAUUCUAUUGAUGUCAAGUGCAAGAAAAUGCAGUAUGCUGCGUGUUAACAAAUGCAAUGAGAUGCAAAUUGAGUACAAGGCAACUCUGAACACUCCUGGUUGAACACAUGAGUACAACCAGGCAGAAUAUAAUGUAAUUAAUUAGCGAAUGUGUUUAGGUUUGCUCAUACCUGCGUCUCAAACAUAUAAAAAAAAACAUAAACAAAAAACACGUGUGUAAGAGCCCUAAUUUUUUUUCUGAAACCCUUUGCUGAGGGAUAUAAUAAAGCUAGUAUGUGUGCCAAUUACAACUGGGAUUUUAUAGUCAUAAUUCUUCUAAAAGGGGUUGUUCACCUUCAGACACUUUUUCCAGUUCAGUUGGUUUCAGGUAGUUUUACCAGAAAUAAAGACUUUUUCCGAUUACUUUCUAUUUGUGACCUAUUUUCUAAUAUUGAAGUGUAAAAGUAUUAUUUUUCACCUUCUUAUGUCUUUAUAAAACAACUUGAGGGUGGGGUGAUUUGCUUUUCUAAAUUGAUACAUUUAGUUGAUAUAUUUCAUAUCUUUGUCCCUGCUGAGCGGAAUCCCUGAGUUUUAUUAAAGGCAGCUGUUAGAAUUGAUACAAUAGUUGGUAAUAUUGCACAGAUACUGCUGAGAAAUGUAUCAACUAAAGGUAGAAAAUUGUAACAGUUCUGAAUCUGCUCCUGGAUUACUGAGCUGCCAGACUGAACCACCACAGACAUAAAUAUUAAACUUUACAUUUAAAUGUUGGAAAAAUUAUAAAAAAAAAAGAUAGCAAUUGGCAAACAAAACUGAAAAAAGUGUUUGGAAGGGAACACCCCUUAAAGCGAGACUUCACAACACAAUGCUUGGAUAUGCCAACAUACUUGCAGAAAUAAACAGACUUUUACUAAACAA